AUGGAUCUUGCCCGGAGGUGGUUUCAUCAGAUUGAUUCAUCCGGAGAAGGUACCAGCCGAUCACAGCGACCAUCUGACAGAGAAUCUGCCCUUCGCGAAACCCGAAAGCGUAUCAAAAGAUGGAAAAGCCGCAAUGCGCUGUUAUCGGAGAGCAAUGUGGAGGCUAAUCAUGAAAAUGGUCCACAGAGGAUUUCUGAAGCGGAUUUUAUUCAAAAAAUUGAAGUGGAGGAACGCGAGUGGAGAGACCGGACCGAAGAUCUAAUGACAAAUCUUGAUAUUGUUGCAAACGAAGAGGGUAAUUUCGGAGUGAUGCCUCUGUCAAAGCGAUUGACUCCAGAGGAGCUGGAACUGAAGCGAAAAACCGGGAAAGUUUUUUUUCGUCCUAUCGUCUAUAAUCAAGGAGAGCUGGAACGAACCGAUUUCAAUUCUCCUCCGUCUGUAGCGAAUCCCUACCCAUUCGAUCCAUCGAAAGAAGCACCUCCUGUGUAUAGUCGUACACUUGUUCCCUUUGUCAAUUACUACUCUCUUCUUCAAGCAUUAGUCGACAUUGGAGUCAAUCUUUUCGAACUUCAAUGGCUGCUUUCGCUUGGUUUUGAGCCCAAUGAUCUCGCAGAUUACCUCACACGCAAUCCUUUUUUUCUUCUCCAGGAUUUGAAUGAUAUGCAAGCUCGUGUGAAUUAUCUGACCUCGAUGAAGUUCUCGAACAAAGACGUUUGCAAAAUAAUAAAUGAUUUUAGGUAUUGGCUAAAUAUUGAUGUAAAAACAUUGGAUUCCCGAUUAGGAUGGAUUCAGCAGCAGUUUAUGUUAACCGGCAAUGAAGUACGAAAUCUUAUCCGCAAGGAAGCUCGAAUUCUCAUGUUUGGAUUGGGUCCUUUGCAGCAAAAGCAUAUAUCACUAUUGCAGCGUCUCGUAACUUUAUUAAACAAGGAGUUCGAGUUCACUCCAAAGGAAAUCAAACAGAUAAUCCUCGCUGAUCCUAGGGUGUUCAUGAUGGAUGCAAAGUUCAUCACAGCUAACUAUGGCUACAUCCAUAAAACAAUGCGUCUUCCAAAUUCUGUGAUCGUUAAGUUCCCGUUCAUUCUUCGAUGUGCUCAUAGCAGUAUCCGAAAUAGGCACGAGUUUCUAAGGAAACUCGGAAGAGCUGUGUAUGAAGGUGCUUUUGAUGAGGUGGACGCUGAUGGUGAUGAACAGAAGGGAGAUGAUGUCAAACCUGUACCGAUCGAAGUCUUUCUGGAUCCUAGCGAUGCAGUUUUUGCGCAAAAGGCUGCUAAUACUUAUUUGGCAGUUUACAACAAUUUCCUGCGCAAUCACUAA